ACCUACCGUAUUACCCACAGCUUCACUCUCUUCCUCCUCCUUCCUUUUUAGCCUUCCCCAUUCCCCUCUCUCUCUCUCUUAAAUUCCCUCUCUCUUUCUCUCUCCUCCUCUCUCUCUCUCUCUCUCUCUCUCUCCCUCUCCUCUAUAUCUCACUCCUCCUUAUAACUGAGAAGGAAUAGGGUUUUGGUAGUUUUAGUAGCACCAGCAGAAGCAGUAGGAGGUUUUUGUGGCUCUGCAAAUUUUGGGGAUUCUUUCUUCUUCUUCGUCUUCUUACGGGUUUGUUUAGGCGGGAGAGUGAAGUUAGAGUUCGAAACCAAAACAAGUUCACAGGACAAUUUGCGACGGAGAAAAUGAUCGUACCGAACUAUAUCGACGAUAUAGACUGCGGGAGCCUCUUCGACACCAUCGACGACCUCCUCGAUUUCCCAACCGACGACGUCGAGUCCGCCCUAGGCCCCGCCCCCAACUGCGACGCCGCCUUCAACUCCUCCUCCCUCUGGCCCGGCCAUUCCGGCUCGCUCCAGCCUCCCAACGACGCCGUCUUCUCCUGCAACUCCGCCUCCGACCUCUCCGCCGAGCUCGACGUUCCGAUUGAAGACAUUGUUCAAUUGGAAUGGCUGUCAAACUUCUGUGAGGAUUCCUUCUCUGGAGGAAGCCUCACAAUCAACAAACCGGACAUCUCCUUCAUCAACAGGGAACCGUCCCACCAGCAGUUCCAGACCUCCAGCCCGAUUUCCGUCCUCGACAGCAGCAGCUCUUGCUCCGUCGAGAAGAAUGUGCCGCAAAGCCCUGGCGCGGUGGUCCCUGGCAAGCGUGGACGCGCUCGCAGCAAGCGCCCCCGCCCGGCCACAUUCAACCCUCGUUCCGCAAUUCAACUCAUUUCCCCUGCUUCCUCUGUUACCGAGGCAGAGGCCCUUCAGCAUCAGCAGUUGCUCCCUCCGAAGGUCCAUUCGGAUUCUGAGAAUUUCGCAGAGUCCCGUCCUGUGAUCAAGAUACCAAGGCAAGCUUCCGGGGAGCAGAAGAAGAAAAAGAAGAUCAAGUUGACGCUUCCCCAGGCUCCCGCGGAGGGAAAUCAAAGCUCCGGCACUACUCAGGGAGCAGUGAGGAAAUGCUUGCAUUGUGAGAUCACCAAGACACCCCAGUGGAGGGCAGGCCCAAUGGGGCCGAAAACCCUAUGCAAUGCCUGUGGCGUCCGCUACAAGUCAGGCCGUCUCUUCCCUGAGUACCGGCCCGCUGCCAGUCCCACCUUUGUUCCGGCCUUGCACUCCAAUUCCCACAAGAAGGUUAUCGAGAUGAGAAACAAAGGCGGGGAAGUGGUUCCCUUUGGAGAGACCACAACAGCAAUGACCGAAACUCCAGAGCUCAUCCCCAAUACUAACCACAGCAUUUCGCUGGAUUACAUGUGAGGGGGAGGAGGAUGCAGUAGAGUACAACGUUCCCUGGUCGGAACACUCCACAGUCCACAGCUUUUCGUUCUCUCUGUCAUCAGUUUAUGUUAUUUGCCGUAGCGUCAUUUCAUUUCUUUGUUCAUUGGUUUUUUGUACAGGGAUGCAAAAUGGGGGGUAAGGAGCCAAUAUAGAUGACCAUAUAUUUAGCUAAGUAGAAGGAGAGACCUGGAAAAAAAAAAAAGGAUGAAGGGUUAGAGAGAUGCAAGUUUAAUGGUAGACUCUUAGAUGUUAGUGACAAUGAUGAUGGCGAGUAGGUCCUUAAGGUUUUUAGAGUCUGUGUUGUCUCCUUUUGCAUUCGUUUUUUUCGCGUUUUUCUUCCUUGCAAUGGAAUUCUUUUUGCAGUUCAUUUGUAGUAGACAAAAUUCUGAAACGGGUACUGGAAUUUGAGAUUUGUAUUGCUUCGUA